AUGCCCAGGAUCAGUUGGAAGGCUGCUUUUGAGGCUGCGAGAUUGCAUCCGUGUCUGCCGCUGCUGUUGCGGGCUUGCCGGACGGUCGAGCAGGCUCAAGUCGAGUUGCGUUGGUUGCUGAAGGAGACACCGAGGAGCGUCCGACAGGCGUGUGUGUUAAGGUCGAGGCAUGUACCGUUGCAGUAUGUCAUUGGCACGCAGCCGUUUGGGUGUCUAGAUAUUGUCUGUAGGCGCAAUGUGCUCAUUCCGAGAUGGGAGACAGAAGAAUGGACCACGGAGUUGAUUGCAGGUAUCAACGGCAGUGUCUUGUCGUCUGUGCAUGGUGGCAUCAAGAUUUACGAUCUCUGUAGUGGGACAGGGUGUGUCCCGCUGCUUAUGAAGAGCCAAUUGCAGUGUGACGCUCAUUUCACAGCGAUUGACGUCUCGAGACAUGCUGUCAGGUUAAUACGGCUAAAUUUGAAUAGAUUGUUUUCAAAGGGUGGUUCUCCUGCAGACUUUCGUAUAAUGCAGAGGGAUAUCCUUCACGAGUAUCCUCCUAUCAUGCCUGAUGGGAGAAUUGAUAUUGUGACCUGCAAUCCGCCGUAUAUAAGACGACAGGAUUUUGUCACUGACGUGCAAAAAUCUGUUAAAUUGUAUGAACCCAAAUUAGCUCUGAUUGGUGAUCUUGAAUUCUAUCAGAACUUACUCGACCACUGGCUGCCCAGAACUGAUUCGUUCGUUUACGAGAUUGGUAAUAUGGGUCAAUUCGAUUUCAUUAGUAAAACUGUAAGGCAAGAUCCAAAUUUAUCUCAAAUUUGGAAUGUUGGUUUGAAAUUUGAUUCCAACAAUUCACCACGAUGUGUCUAUGGGUUUAAAUCCGAGAAUACAAGGCUCGAUUACCGCAAAAUCUUUCAGAAUUUUGGAAAUAUUAUGCAUUCUUGUAAAUAA